AUGAGACAAUCGGAUGACCUCAUCACCUCAACGCCUGCCGUGCUGUGGGAUGUUGUUUCUGCUCCAGCCUCUGUCCUGCGACGACCUAUGUCCCCCUCCGUCGACUACAACGGCGGCAUCCUCAGACCCAACCCGAACAGCAACGACGAUCCAGCACCAACAGCCGCCUCCCACUCUGUACACAACGAUGAACGGCCUACGAGCACUCGCCGGCCGUCCACGAGGGCGUCCCAGGGAGGAAGAGGAGACCACCGCUGUUGCGGCAUCGUCGCCGAGUCCGCCCGGGCUGCACGACAGCGGAGAUACGCGCGGCAGAAGAAGCAGCCCUGGAUCGUGCUCAAGUUGGCCGUGUUCAUAACCGUGGGCAUCAUGGUGUAUGCGUGCUACGUAUACAUUGGAAGGUUCUGCGUUCCUAUGAUACAUCGGAGUUCCGGAGCGUUAGGCUCGAGGUCCGAAGGAAUUGCGUUUCUCGUCGUUGUAUGCCCGCUCGCGAUUAUGAUGUUCUGGAGCUACGCAAUGGUCGUGUUCACACCGCCAGGCCAGGCCCGCAAAGUCGUGGAGAAGUCGACGCCGCCUUUUGACCUGCCCCCGGAAGACUCUUGGCACACAUAUGAAGAAGAAGACGGCACCGCGGCGGACGAAGAACGCACCCGCGGCCGCUCGUACGAGCAGAUGUCUCGCCAGCCAACCCGAUCUUCCAUCCCCCACCCCCAGCCCUCCCACACCCGCCAGCUCUCACACUCACACACCCAAAGCCUCACCAGCGAUCACACUCUCAUGGAUCCCUCCGCGCAACAUGUCACGCCCGAGAAGCGCAUGGGCAGCCCGCCUCCUCCGCCCUCCGACCCCAACGCGGGCGUGCUGCACGCUAUACCCGCCGUGGCCUCGCAAGCGGCCCAAACCCAGACGCUAUCUCCGCCUCCGCCUGCCCACACGCCUGGAUCCAGGCAGGUCCAGCACCAAUACCACUAUCCCCGGUCGCAGGGGCCGUCGAACUCUGGAAGCUAUAGCUAUCGACAACCGCCGCUUCCCGGCACUUAUAGCCGCCAACCGAGUGAUAGGCCUGUCCUUCUGCCAGAGUUCAGAUACUGCCAGCGAGACGGCCUGAUCAAGCCCUAUCGCGCUCAUCAUUGUCGGCUCUGCGGAACGUGCAUUCUCCGCUAUGACCACCACUGCCCCUGGAUAGGCCAGUGCGUCGGCGCCUUCAAUCACAAGUUUUUCCUCGUCUUCCUCCUUUGGGCCCUUCUGUUCUGUUUGUGGGUGUUCAGUACCCUCCUGGGUAUGAACGUGCGACACGGUGACGAGAACGAUUCGAACGUGGACGCGCAGCACAUCGUCAUCAUCGCGUUAUCUGCGCUAUUCUCGCUCUUCACCUCAACUUUACUCGUAUCGCACACGCGGCUCAUACUGCUCAAUAUGACGACCGUGGAGCAGCUGAUGGCGCACUCGAUGCACGAGCGGGAACGCGAGGGGCUGAACAUGAUGUACGCCUGCUGGGAGUUCCGGGCGAAGAGACGAACGAAGCGGCAAUGGGACGAAGAGUGGGGCAGGAUUGGCCGCGAAGGCAACCUCUGGUGGCUCGGCAGCAUGCGGGCAAACUGGGAGAGCGUCAUGGGACCCAGGCCUCUAUUCUGGUUCUUACCCGUGGGCAGGCCGACGUACGACGGCAUGAACUUCCCGACGAACCCAAGGUUUGACGCGGAGGGCAGGUGGCGCCCGCGAAAGGAAUGGCCCCCAGAGCUUCGAUAGCGAAGGUGCCCUUCGGUCCUCGCGUUUCUCAUCUCCGGUGAUCUAGUGGACUGUGUACGAUUAUUGUUUUGAACAAGUUCCUGUCCGCCGCCUGCAGGCUGCAUGCGGGACGGACGGUGAUACGUUUGCG